CUUAAGCGCGGAUUACGACAGACUUAGCGGGUUGCACCGUUCUUCCUAUCCUAACGGAGUGCACUCGAUCUACCCCCUCCCUCCAUUUCUCUUACACUUUAGAGCAUAUACGGGUUAGAAUAGAAAAAGGGAUGAACAGUCGUGCACUGUGAAUACAUCUGAUACACCGCGCCGGUACGGCCACCGGCUAAUUAAAUUACGUCAAAGACGUAGCCGGCGAAUUUCAUAUCUUCUCAUACACAGUCUUCCGCACUGCCUUCAGUCACUUAUUCAGCGUUAUUAAAUCCCUAGUGUUGUGACUGUGAUAACAUCAUAAUUCUAAAUUUGUAAAGGAAAUUAAUUCGUGUGUGGAUAGAAAUUGACAAGAAGAAGAACCGCCAGCUAUCACCACGUGUUCAGAGUUUCAGAUCCAGGGAUUACUUCAGUCCAGCGUUGGUUCUUCACUCUAGGGCCAAUCUUCUCAUCAUCGUGAUAUUUAUUGACUCUAAACGUUCGCGGUCAUUAGAAUACCAGGUUGCAGAGAAUGUAAACUCAUGAGCCUGGGCAGAAAGAUCAACCACUUGAACUUGACUGUCAAGAGUUAUUUAUCUCAGAAAUCCUUCAGUUUCUGUUUGUCCCAUGGGACGAUGUUAAGCGACGAGUGAGUGAAGCUGAUAUUUUUGUGUCGUGAGGGCCCGCCUUCUUGUAUAGUACGUCGAUCACAUUCGGGACCUAUGAAACUUCAACGGUGAUAAACCUUUGAUAGGAGUGUCUUCAUCCUCAACAUCUGAGGACACGCAUCCAGGAGCCGGCACUUGGACCACGUCGGCGACAUGGUCGUCCUCGAACUGGAGACCAUUUACGCGCAGGUCGCACCUCAUACAAAACUCCUAAACAAGAGAUUUGUAGGGGCCCACCACUGGCUUGGACCCCUCAAGGAGGCAUUGGUCGCUCGCCUCGCAGCAGACAAGCAACUAUUCCGAAGUCAGCCUCAGGGAGCCACCCCACAACAGUUGCAAUUACUUCAACAACAGCAACAACAGCAGCAACAACAGCAACAGUAUUUGGCAUCACAAGCACAGCAGCAGCAGCAACAGCAGAAUUUCCCCACAGCUCCGUACACAGUUAUCAGUGGUCAAGAACCAUAUGUUGGAGCUUUAAUUGCUGGAGCGCAACCGGUCGUGCCUCAAUAUUACAAUGUAGGUCCGUGGGUCUAUCCGGGAUUGCUACCACAAGCACCACCACAAGCUCAGGCACCACCACCACCUAGGAGGCCUUUGACGCCUUCUUCAGCUGCCGCGGCCGCAGCAGCUGCGCAAGAUACAGCUAACAACCUUGCACAGACAGUUCAGGGUCAAUAUCAAGUGAUACCAGCUUAUUAUGAAGUCGGACAAAAUGGAUCAAUUAUGGUUGGUGGAGUCCGUGGUUUGGGAUCAGGUGCAACGCCGAUGCGACUGGUCAGUCCAGCACCCGUUCUAGUAAACAGGGCCCCAUCGCAACCACCACCGGGCCCACCUGCCCCACCACCUCCAAGUAUAUACUCACAACAAACCCCAACAUCUCACAGUAAUGCGUCAGGAGAAUGUUUAGGUCUGGCAGCGUGCAGUGCAGCGGCAGUGGUUGCCCAAGCUCAGGCAGUAGCCGUACAACAGGCUCAACAACAGGGAUCGGGAUUGACCGCUGGUCUGGCGGCCCUGGGCUACGGUGGCUCUCCUCUCGGAGCGCUCGGCUCGCCAGCCCAACUUCAGAGCACAGGUUUGGGACUCAGUACUUCAUCGACGGGUAGAAGGGACUCUUUUGACAGAAAUACAUCGGCUUUCAGUCCCAGUUUGGAGUACAGCCGUGCGAAGUGGCCGCAAAGUUAUGGAGCACUAGGAACAGUAACAGCAUCUCCAAGUCCACUAGGGUUAUCUUUGACACCACCACCUACUAUCGGAGGAUCCUUAGGCGGUUUAGUUGGCGGAACAAACCGAGUUUCAGCUGCACCAGGAGCAGAAGCAAAAUUUAGAACAAGUGCUGUCCCUGCUCUUACGGCAAACGGAGUUUUCGGAUCCAGUAGCUCUCUUUUCCCUAAUUUGGUGGGCAAGCCCGGCAGAGGAGGUCCCAGCGGCGUCGGCGAAAAAAGCGCUGGUGGAAGAUCCCGCCUGCUUGAGGACUUUAGAAAUAAUCGAUUUCCAAGUCUGCAGUUGCGCGACCUUGCCAAUCACAUAGUGGAGUUCAGUCAAGAUCAGCAUGGUUCCCGCUUCAUACAACAGAAACUAGAGCGUGCAUCUGCCAGCGAGAAGCAACUUGUCUUUCAGGAAAUUCUCGCCUCGGCAUAUUCUCUUAUGACUGACGUCUUUGGCAAUUAUGUUAUCCAGAAAUUUUUUGAAUUUGGAACACCAGAACAGAAGUCUACUCUUGCGCAAAAGGUUCGUGGUCAUGUUUUGCCUCUGGCUCUACAGAUGUACGGCUGCCGUGUAAUUCAAAAGGCAUUAGAGUCGAUCGGACCAGAACAGCAACAAGAAAUCGUACGCGAACUUGAUGGGCAUGUUCUCAAGUGUGUUAAAGAUCAGAAUGGCAACCAUGUGGUGCAGAAGUGCAUUGAGUGCGUGGAGCCGCGAGCCUUGCAAUUUGUGAUCGGUGCCUUCAACGGACAGGUUUAUUCUCUUAGUACACAUCCCUAUGGAUGUAGAGUAAUUCAGCGCAUUUUGGAACACUGUACGCCCGAGCAGACCCAAGGAAUUCUUCAAGAACUACACUCUGCCACCGAUCAGUUAAUCCAAGAUCAAUACGGAAACUACGUCAUCCAGCAUGUUCUCGAGCAUGGUAAACCAGAAGAUAAAGCACAAUUAAUCAGCAGUGUAAGAGGCAAGGUGCUCGCCCUUUCCCAGCACAAAUUUGCAAGCAACGUUGUUGAGAAAUGCGUAACACACGCUACAAGACAAGAGCGCGCAGUACUCAUUGAAGAAGUUUGCGGAUUUAAUGACAAUGCACUGAAUGUGAUGAUGAAAGAUCAAUAUGCAAACUACGUGGUGCAAAAGAUGAUCGACGUUGCAGAACCAGCUCAGCGCAAGGUUUUGAUGCACAAGAUUCGACCACAUCUGGGUAGCCUUCGCAAGUACACCUACGGCAAGCAUAUAAUCGUUAAACUUGAAAAGUUCUUUAUGAAGACGGCGUCGGCGAUGGGAGUGUCGACGCCAGCAGGUGCAUCAACGGGUGCAGGUGAUCUGGGACCCAUUGGUCCCCCUGCAUCUUCAGCCGGACCCGUUCCUACUCCCACCCAACAAUCUACGCAAGUUCUCUAAAAACCAGGAAUUAAGGCUCGAAAAAGUAGUAAAUCCCUUCAUGGCAACUUUUCUCUCGGUAAAGUAAUCAACAAUCCAGAAAGAAAAUGUUAAGUUUUUUGCAACUGGAGUAGGAGACUUGCUGUCAUGAAGAGCUUUGCAUGCCCUUAGGAAGCGACUCAAGGACUCGUCAGUCCCGACGAGAGCACAUAAUGGAAGAAAGGUGUCAACUAGGCAACUUAGGGUAGACCUUAGUGCUGCAUGCAUUUAUCGCUGGUCAAGGUACGACACCCGGUGUAAUAUGCGCGUAUGGAUUACAGUUCGAUUAGACCGGCUAACCUGCGUUGGAAGGUGACAAUAGUGGUUUAGGAGCCGUACUGUGGACGUCACGUAUCAGGCUUAGCGUUUAGCAUUCGAAAUGGGAAUAAAAUCGAAAGCAUCUCCGAUUCAAACCGACCGCUUACUCUGCCCCGGCUUAGCAGCAGCGGAGAGCCUUAAAAUUUCAUGACUUGAAAGAUCGCCGAGAAGAGGCCAGAGGUUCCGUUCUUCAGAACAGUUUGCGCUUUUCUUUUUUUCUUGAGAGCACCCUCUCUGACUCAACUUUUGUAAAUUGUGAUAUACAUAAAAGGAAAGCGUAUUAAACGCGCUGUGUCCUCUACUUUUCCGAGCGUUCCCUCCUUUCCUCGGUUUGUUUUUACAGCCCUACCUUCCUCUCUAUUACCCUCUUUCUUUUUUUAAAGGACUCGUGUGAAUAUUGUGUAUUAUACGAUAAUUAUUGAUAAAUUAAAAUAAUUAAACUACGAAUUACGUUCGGAUGCAGCUGUAACCUAUUUUCCUCAGAGAAUUUCUUUCUGCGAUUGUAUAAUGUAUUUACGGACAUUCGCGGCGGAAAGUCGUUAUUUUUACCUGGUUGUCUUCUUUCCACACUCCCCUUAUAAUGUGAACGAACUCUAUUGUAUAUUGUAUAAACUGUGAAGAAAACAAACAGAAAAAACGCAAAUCGGAAAAUCUUCCUGCGUGUAAAUUAGCCUUAGCGAAAAUCAAUUGUAUACAAUACCGACCUGACCGCGAACAAAUAGCAGCACCCUCCGCGGAUUUUCGGCGAAUCAACCACCCUCUCGACGGGGAGUUGAAAAUCUUGUACAAUGUGUAAUAUUUUGUUAUAGUAGGUGUUAAUAAAUAACAAGAAACGGGGAGCUUAUCUUUUGUAUAAAAUUUGGACGGGCAAGAGGAAAGAAACGAAGAAGAGGAAACGUAGCCGCUUUCUUUGUAAAAUAUUGUACAUAUUACGAUUUAUUAAUCAAGUUGACAAAUUCUUAAGUACCUUUACUCUUUCGCUCUUUCUUCCUGCGUGGAUUAGUUAUUUGUAAAAAUAGAAAUGGAAAACAAAAGAAAAACGAGGAGAAACAUGAGUAUGAACAAAAGACCGUCGAAUCCCCGUCGAUGGAGGAAAGUACGUUCAAAAAUCCGGAGGGAGCGGCUUAUACUGAAUUCCACUCACAGACAGACAUUCCAGCUACCCUCAUCUCUCGAGUCGCUUCACCAGUAUAAAUAUGAUAACUUCGAACAUAUUUUUAAACGACGUAAUUUUUAAGGAAUGACGAUAAUUCCUUCGUCUAUGUAAAUCACGCGUCAUUUGUGUAAAUUAAAAUCAACUGAAGCUACGAACUCUAUCCUCUCUCUCUUUCUCUCUCUCUCUCUCUCUCUCUCUCACACACAAACACACACACACACUAUCUCUCACUCCCUUUCAAACACUUUCUACUCCCCCCCCCCCUCUCUUUCACUCAUUGUAAUAGAAGCAUCGUCAUCCUACGGACUAUUUUUAAGGGCAAAGUCGACAUCAGCAGGAAGGAAAUAUAACGCGUACACGUGCUCUACAUCCCACGUCUAACGAGCGUUACGCGUUGCGAUUAUUAUUCUAUGAUUAUCGUUAUUAUAUUCUUACUCGUUAUUAUAAUUAUGAUUAUAAACACCGAUUAACCGCCACUUGCGGAUUACCCGCUAUCGCUACUAAUUUCUGUAGGCAUCGUAUACAUAUUAUAUACAUACAUAUAAAUAUUCUACAGACUUGAAUAUAUAAAGGCGAUAGAUGCCCUCCCACGAACAAAACAAAGUUUCUUGGCAACCAAAUCCUCGACAACAUCGGCGCGUUGCCAUCAGAAACCGACGUCCCUCUUCACCCAUAUGGGGCAAUUAAAAAUUCUUUAAGAAAAACGACUUUUGAUUAUACAUAGUGUAAAUUUUUUAUAUAGCGAUUAUCGGCGGUGCACCUGCACUCUCAGUACGACCAUGUAAAAAGCGAGGGAAAAACGGACAAAAGAGAUGCAGGCGAUAAUGUAAUUUCGACUUUUUUUAAACUUUUUAUUAUCGAACACAUCUUGCGUUAUGUUCUCCAACCGGUUCGAUCUGACAUGAAAACUAAUCCCAAACUCGGCCGUCGCUGCAAAGCGCGACUAGUUGGGAGAUACUCGAGUUUGCAUGCAUUUCUCCUCUUUGUACUUGCUCGCAUGCUUAUAUUCAUUCCCCUAUGAAAUUAUUUGUUUUUUGACCAAGCAACUCCGCAAGUAUCAAGAGGGGAGGGCACUGGCCAAGAUUAGUCAACUUUUCUUGGUCCGACGAUGUCACUGUAUAUCUCCGAAUGCAAUGCGCUCUUGUCGAAAAGAGUUUCUUUCUGAUUUUAGAAUGACAAUGUUUUUCUUAGUCUUAACUACGUAGCUACUGUUUUUCUUGUGAUAAAAUUAAUAUUUUCAAGUUUUUAGCGUCAUCUAGAAUAGAAGUGAUCAACAGUGCAUACGCGAUGAUAUAAAGUUAUCAACAUUUGUCAGACUUUUCUCGAACCUGUUAAAUAACACUAUUCCCCGAAAGAGAAGACGCGAAAAAUGUCAUAAGGAAAGUAGGGACGAAUAUUGCCACGUCAUAUUAUCAUGUAUGAAAUAUUGGACACUCCUAAUCUAGAACAUAAGGGAAACAUGUGGUACAACUAAAUUUGAUAUUUUCGACAUGUCAAAACGAAGAUUAAUGCUUUGAGAAAACAAAAUUCGUAUUUGAUCAAUUGUCUGAUAUUAAACAAACUGAAGCAACACAUUUUACAAUUUGGAAAAUUAAAAUCAUUCUAUUUUUAUUCUUGUGCUUGCAAGUGGCGUUACACAUAUUUCAGUUUGUCAUCGUGCUACCUUUUUCAGUCGAUUCGCUUGUUUUGAACUUUUAACUUAUAUAAAAUCUCAGGAUUUCAGUUAUUUUAAAGAAACUUGGAAAUAUGUAAUAUAAAUUCAAACUCGCAUUGCAUUCAUCGUUUACAGAUACAUUCGACUCAAUGCUAGGAAGUGGUGGCGUUGCGUUGCAUGUUUUUUGCACCCUCCAAAAGGAUAUCGGAGUUGUCGUGACGCUGCUUGCAGGAAGGCAAAUUAAGUAACGAUAUAAAUAUUGAUUUAUAUAUAAAUAUAAAUAAAUAUAUAUAUAUAUAUAUCUGUAUAUGUAUACUUCAACUUUAAAAACUUUAUCGGUAUGAUAUAUAUGUAAUAAGUAAUAUUUAAAUAUUGUAACAAUUGUAUAUGAUUUUACUACUAUUACUACACGCUAAUUGUAUUAUAUAUAUAUGAAAGAUCUGUGCACCUCCCACUUGUAGAAUGCGGUCUCGCAACCAUUCAUACUUGCCUCUCACGCACCCAUAAUCUCUCACACGGACAUACGCACACGGACCACACAAUUUACACGAAAACACAUCUGUUCAUACUCGUAAAAACAUACCAAUUUUUAACUGCCAUGGCGCUGGUGUAAAUGGUCUUUGGUUGAACGUAAGGAGUGACAGGCUCGUUUCCUUCCUCAAAAAGUAAACGAAAAAUUAAAGAAAUGUCGCGGGAAUGGUGCGCCCUGAUAUUAAGACUGAUGUACAGUAGCGCGCUAUCUCCCUAUUAAGUCGCAAAUCUCGUCGAACACGUCAACACUACAUUUACCAAUCCACUGUUUGAAUCGGACGUACGUAUGAUACGCAUAUGGGAAAUAACCGCUGUAUGAUACAUCUUUUCACCGCACCUCGGAAAAAACUUGAUUCUUGUUUUAUAUAUCUUAUUUAUCUUGCAUAAAAAUAACAGAUGCAUACAUCUUUUGGAGUUUUUGAAUGUUGAUCCAUCGUGAGAUACUUUUUUCAAUGUGAAUUUUUGGCAGGUCACGCGUGAAUAGCGUCAAUCGGUCAUUGCAGCUUAACUCAGUAUGGAAUAUCAUUUCAUCAUGGAAAGACUUAAAACGACAUAGCGUCUCUAAAUGUUCGAUUUACAUCACGAAAAUAAUCGCUCUGUGAAACAAGUUUAUCGUGUUCUUAAAGCAAUUAACGGUCGGAAUAAUUGACCCACCGAAUGCAUUGCUUAUAGCAUGGAAAAAUUCGAAACUAGAUGUGGUCUAAUCGGUCGCUGGUCAUCCAAUAAUGAAAAUCAGUCUCGACCAUGGGUCAAUUUUCAAAGCCGUAAGUUGCUCUAACUUCACAAUCAACUUGUUUCACAGAACGAUGAUUUUCGUAAUGGAAAUCCAUAAUUUGAAGACACUGUGCCGGGUUGAGUCUUUGCUUGAUAAAAUGGUAUUCAAUACUGAGUUAAACUGCAAUGACCGCUUGACGCUAUCCACGAUUGAUCACCCUUAUAAUAAAAUGCGAGUCCACGCAUUUCAUUGCCAUAACUUAUUGUUAAAGCAUACGUGUAUGAUUCUUUUGAAUUUGAACAUAGCUAUAUUUUCCUGAUUAUUGUACGUUCGCCCGCGCACCGUUGGCUUUACAUCAUUCUCCAACAGCGUUAUCAAUUACUACAAUUUGCAUUCAUAAAAUUUCCGCGCUACUUAUGCAUUCAACUACGUUUAUGAGAAAUCCUUUAGAAAUAUUUUCCUUGGGGAAGAGUGAAAUGUCGAUAUCUGCGUGUGGCGCUUCCUGUAAGUUACAUGUAGAUAGGUAACUCCAAGAAUAGCGCAUUACGCAAUAUACUGGACCUUCCACUUUGCGUAUUUUUUACUUCAUUAUUCAAUAAAGAUACUGUCAGUUUGGAUGGCAACAUUCAAUUUCUAUAUUAUUUAUGAUGCCAACAUGAUAAUGGUCAAAUGAUCUCAAAAUUUAACGUUGCUGGUGAUGGUUGUUAAAGCCAACGAAUAGAAUUUGUUUUCACGUUCACUUGAGAACAUACACUUUUAUACACAAAUACAAAUUCGUAAUUACACACAGGGACGAAUAAGAACAAUAUAUUCCAUUUUAGCAGAUAAUUUUAUAGAUAUAAGUGGGACGGAUGAGCAUAUGAAGAAGAAAUUUGCAUAACUUGUAUAUUAGUGUAUAGAAUGUAGAAACGACAAAAUAGUUGCAAAAAAAGAAUCAUUUUCGACAAUGUUUUUUACAACAGGCUAAACGGAGCGAAUAGAUAUGUCAUUGUUACAAGGUUUAAUGAAAACAAAAAGCUGAGAAAAACAAGUAGUAUAUGCGACUUUACUGCACUUUGUAUUAAACAGAAAGGGAAAACUUGUUAACUUUUCGUGCCCAUCACACACAUUCACCUAUUAAAGAGAAAUAUAGCUUUUUCUAAUGAUUAUUACAAGAAGUACAAACAAAAUUUAUGGAAAUUUUUUCGGCUUUGGAGAGGCGGAUUUUCUGG